UGGCCAAAUGGAAAAAGAAUCAAAAACGAAACUCCAGUCUCAGUCCACAUCGCACAUGGGAACACCCGAACGAAGGACACAGCUGUCCGCCUCCAUUGUCCUCUCCAUCCUCGCUGUAGAGCGCUCUCUCUCUUCUCUUGUCAACUUUGAAUUGGUCCAAAAUGAUGGUCCAAAAUGAUGGGUUAGUUGGAAAAUUCUUCACCUUAAACCCUCCGGAUAUCUUACUAGUAUAUUUCCCUCGUUUUCCAUCACCAGUUGCUUUCCAUUUUUCCUUCCUGCUCCAAAUCCUCAACCACAAGCCCCAACAAAAAUUCGUCCCAGGCGACCGAUGACUGUUGAACGCUUCUCGUCGCCCUCUUUUAUACCACCCAAAUUCGAACGACUAAUUGCAACAUUAGGGUCAUCAAUCAAGGGUAACAAGUUCAUCAACUUCUACUCGUUGGCCGCGAAUGCGAGAAUUUCCUGUGUGGCAGCGAAGUUGAAGUCCCAGUCGAUCUGAGCCCGUUAAUCGCGUUAGUUAAGCUUUCGGAAGUCCAAGAAGAUAAUGCUCUUGGGGAGCAAGUGGGGUUGUUAGGGGUUUAGAACUAAGGGAGAUAUUCUGAUGGACUUUUGUUGUAUCUUUCAAAAGUUUAGUUAGAAGACGGAAUUCAGAAGAUUAGACAAUAAUCAGAUACAGACAUGGGAUGUACCUGCUUUGGUGUCUCAAUUGUAUGGCGGAAAAGUGGUGAUUCUCGUGAUCGUGAUGACUUGGAAGGGAAACAGCUUGGGAACAUUCGUAAUUUCUCGCACAAUGAGUUAAGAAACGCGACAGAUGAUUUCCAUAGAAGCAAUAAGCUAGGGCAAGGAGGUUUUGGAAUUGUUUAUAAGGGAAUCCUCAAAGAUGGCACAGAAGUCGCAGUGAAGACACUUUCUGCUGAAUCAAAGCAGGGGGUUCAAGAGUUUUUAACAGAGAUUAGUACAAUAUCAAAUGUGAGGCAUCCAAACCUUGUUGAGUUAAUUGGCUGUUGUGCUCAAGGAACUAAUCGGGCUUUGGUGUAUGAAUAUUUGGAGAAUAAUAGCCUUGAUCGUGCAUUAUUAGGUCGAAACAGUAGUACUGUAAAACUGGAUUGGGGAAAAAGAUCUGCUAUUUGCAUGGGCACAGCAAGAGGGCUUGCAUAUCUUCAUGAGGAACUUGUGCCGCAUAUUGUGCAUAGGGACAUCAAAGCUAGUAAUAUACUCCUUGACCAAGACUUUGCACCAAAAAUUGGAGACUUUGGGUUGGCUAAACUUUUUCCAGACGACAUCACACACAUUAGCACAAAAAUAGCAGGAACAACUGGUUAUUUGGCACCUGAAUAUGUAUUGGGUGGUCACUUAACAUUGAAGGCUGAUGUGUACAGCUUUGGGAUCCUCGUUCUUGAAGUAGUGAGUGGCAGAAGCAGUUCGAAGGCCAAGUGGGGAGGGAUGCAAAAGUGUCUCCUGGAAUAUGCAUGGCAGCUUUAUGAAGAAGGUAAGCUUUUAGAGCUAGUGGACCCAGAACUGGAUGAUUUUCCUGAGGAGGAAAUCAUUAGGUACAUAAAAGUAGCAUUUUUCUGCACCCAAGCUGUAGCAAAUCGGAGGCCAUUGAUGAGCCAGGUCAUUGAAAUGCUUUCAAGAAAUAUCCGGCUCAACGAAAAGCAACUUACAGCACCAGGUUACUUCCAAGAUUCAGGCAGCUUAAGCGAAUUGCCCUUUUCCAAUAAGAAGUCAUCUGAAAGCUCGACAAGCUAUCAAAUGAGCUCCGCUCCCAUCACCGUCACUCAGGUGACCCCUCGAUGAAAAUUGGAGUCUUAUAUAUAUCCUAGUUUUGACAGGAUAGACCUGAUCUUUCUUUUUCAUUUUUUUUUCUUGAAAGAUGGAGGUUGAUCAAUUACUCUAUAGUCCAUAUUCUUUUGCACCCAGAGUGAAUUUUUUUUCUUCUUGUUUUCAGCUUUUUUGGUUCCGGGGUUGAGUUGGGGAAGGAGAAGGGGUAAUUACCAAUCCUUUUAAUAUUGUUGAGGUCAAUUGAGAAAUUUGAAUUAACUUUGUUACAGCUGUAGCUUUAUACAUUAAGAAAAAUUGUUCAGAGUACUAAAAACA